AAUCACGUAGCUCUUUCUCUCAAAGUUGAGAUUUGUGACUCUGUAUCUCCCGGCCCUCUCUAUCUCUUUAACUGUAUAUAAAGAGAGAUGGAUUUGAAAAGAGAAACUUGUACAUAAAAGCUUAAAAGAAAACAAAAAGAAUGGGGAGAGCAAGAGAAAUAGGAGAAGGAAACUCAUCGUCGUUAAGGGAACAACGAAACCUCAGAGAGAAGGAUCGAAGGAUGCGCAUGAAACAUCUCUUCUCUAUACUUUCUUCUCAUGUUUCUCCCACUCGCAAGUUACCAGUGCCUCACCUUAUAGAUCAAGCGACAUCAUACAUGAUCCAAUUGAAAGAGAAUGUAAAUUAUUUGAAAGAGAAGAAAAGGACAUUGUUACAAGGAGAACUCGGGAAUCUCUACGAAGGGUCGUUUCUUCUACCCAAACUCAGUAUUCGUUCGCGGGAUUCGACCAUAGAAAUGAAUCUGAUCAUGGAUCUAAACAUGAAAAGAGUAAUGUUACACGAGCUUGUGAGUAUUUUUGAAGAAGAAGGAGCUCAAGUAAUGAGUGCUAAUCUUCAGAACUUGAAUGAUAGGACCACUUACACAAUCAUAGCCCAGGCUAUCAUUAGUCGGAUUGGCAUUGAUCCAUCAAGGAUAGAAGAGAGAGUACGGAAAAUCAUCUAUGGAUAUAUAUAUUUUGAAGCAUGAAAUCCCAAAUGAUAAGUCUACGCUAACGCUAGUGUGUUUUUUCACACAUGUGUUAGUUCUUUAAAUAUGAGAUGAGUAAUUGCUUUUGAGUUCGAUUAUGAUAAAUAUGUUGACCGUCAACAUAAGAAACCUUAAAACGUUGUCGUUUCGUUUUUAUUCAUCCCGGUUUAAUUCAGUUUGGCUUGGCGUGAUUUUAGAUUGGUCCAGAUUUGCAUAAUUUUAACCACCGAGUAAGACAGUGGGAUGUAAAUGUCAAUAAAAUACACUAUUGGGGUAAAUGUGAAAAGAAAAAAAUAGUAAGAGGCUAUAUUUGAAAAUCUAAAUAUCGCACAAAUUGCAACCCUU